AUGUGUUUCCCGCGCGUUGCUAAGACAACACUGAUGAACAACAUCGUCAUUACUUCACUUGUUGGUCGCUAUUUUAAAAGCGGCGUAAGCAUCAAGUGGCAGCACCUUGACACCGGGUUUCAUCAGGCAAUCUCUCACAAAGGGAUUAGUAGAACACCGGAAAUGGCGUACAGAAUGUGGGACACACCUGCAGUCGGUGGCAUCUUACCUAUGUAUUUGAUAUGGCCAAUCAGUGCUGAAAGUACGCCGUAUGUCAUACUUGUGAUAAACAAGUUAUUCAUCAAUUCUGUGAAAAGAAUAGAAAUAGGGCCACACCCUGUUGUUCUACACGGAUCACCUGAGUACACUUGCCGACACGUUGAUAGCUCAAAGGUUGUUCAGCACAAGUGCACGUGGGUACCGGUUUACUAUCACAAAUCUUAG